AUGCAUUUGCUAUUUAUCUACAACUUCCUUUCUUUUCUGGCCUUUCUGCCUUCUUCAGUCUACGCCUCUGUCCUCGCCAUCGACUAUGGUGCGGACGGGAUUAAGGCUUCUCUCAUGAAGCCGGGUGUACCAUUCGAUGUCCUAUUGAACAAGGAUUCAAAACGGAAAAUACAGGCGUCGGUAGCAUGGAAGAACGGUGAUCGGUUAUUUGGCGCAGACGCGUAUAACAUGGCUUCGCGGGUUCCAAAGGAUACAUUUUCCUCCCUUAAGUUUCUACAAGCCGCCCCUUUUGACUCGCCUAUCGUAAACUACUAUGGUACAAUUUCGUCGGCAGAGCUAGUGGAAACGUCUCGAAGGACGGUUGGCCUGAAGCGUUCCGAUGGGUCGGAGUGGAGCGUCGAAGAACUCAUUGCUAUGCAAUUCGCGUACAUCAAGCACCUGGCAGAAGCAGUAGCUGGAGAGAAAGUCUACGAUGUGAUUGUCACUGUGCCCCCGUUCUACUCCCAAUUCGAACGAGACGCCGUCGCGGACGCGAUUGAAAUUGCUGGCCUUCGCACUCUGGCUUUGGUGAACGAUGGAACGGCUGUCGCAGUCAACUACGCAAUGACCCGUACCUUCACAACGCCAGAAACGCAUAUCAUUUUCGACGCUGGCGCUUCUGCCAUUCGUGCUACCGUGGUCACUUUCGAUACCAUGAAGGACGCUGCAAAGACGACAACUAUCACCGUCUCUGGUGUGGGCUACGACCGCAUCACCGGUGGCACGGAGUUGGACAGACGGUUGAGGGAGAUCCUCAUCGCUGCUUUCAACAACAAGCACAAACGGGAUAUUCGUGGGGACCAGAAAGGGAUGGCCAAGCUUUGGAAGGAGGCUGGGCGGGUUAAAGCAAUUCUUAGCGCCAACAACGAAGCGAUGGCAGCAGUUGAAAGCGCAGCUUUCGACCUCGACUUCAAGGCCAAAGUGACACGAGCAGAAUUCGAAGAGGCGUGUGCCGAUCUCGUCCCUCGCUUUGCUCAACCAAUAUGGGACGCUCUUGUUAAUGCCGGUCUAAGCUUGGAAAACAUCUCAUCCGUUAUCCUUACUGGUGGAAGCACUCGUACGCCAAUGAUACAAGCUGCUAUCAAAGCCGCCGUUGGAGAAGAUAAAAUUGCCCUGAAUGUCAACGCAGACGAAGCGGCUGUUCUUGGCGCCGCUUUACAUGGUGCAAGUUUGAGCAGGCAAUUCAAGACUAAGAGUUUCAAAGUCUCCGAUAUUAGCGUGCACAAUAUCCAGGCUUCAUACUUCGCAACUUCUGCUAGUCCUUCUGCUAGACCUCGUACCAUCAGCACUUUAAUCUUCCCUGCUGGUUCCAAAGUCGGAACAAAGAAGACGUUGACUUUCAAGCGCAAGGAAGAUUUCGCUAUCUGGUUAGACUACAAGAAUCUCGUGGCACCAGGUUUCCCGAUGCAAAUAUUAGAAGCAGAAAUCAGUGGGGUCAGCGAAGCUCUCCAGAAUCUUACGGACCUUGGUGCUGUUGAGCCUGUUGUCAAGGCCACCCUUUCGCUAUCUGAGUCUGGCUUUGUGUCUGUCACGGAUGCUGUCGCUUUCGGAGAGAUCAAGGACGAAUCGAUCACUGGCAAGCUCAAGGGAUUCUUCGGCGCCGGAUCAUCUGCUUCGCCCGAGGAAACGGAAACAGGGUCAGCUGAGAACACGCCACCUCGAGAUACUGAGGCUGCCUCCUCAACGGCGUCCCCUUCUGCGUCAUCCAAUUCAUCAGCGCCGGAAGAGACCGAGGUCAAGAAGCCCGUACCAAAGGAAAACACGAUCCCUCUCAACAUCACCGUCAAAUUUGUGUCCAUCCCUCCCAUGACUGUCGCAGAGAAAAAGACUGCACGCAGUAGAUUACGUGCCGCCGAUGCACAGGAAGCCGCAAAGACACGCCGAGAGGAAGCUCGUAAUAGCUUUGAGGCCUACUUAUACCGUCUUCGGGAUUUACUUGAAGACGACAACCAGGCUUCGCCCUUUAAGAAGUGCUCAAAGGAGUCCGAGCGGGCUACCAUCUCCGAGAAGCUUGAUUCGUCGUUCAACUGGUUGCACGAGAAAGGCGAUGACGCUGAUACGCCGCAGUUCCUUGACAAGCGCAGCACGCUUGAGACACUUGAACGGCCCAUAAUACACCGUUACCAAGAGAUUGAAGCUUUCCCCCGCGCUCUUAACACCAGCCAAAUGUGGAAUUGGAGCACUCGUCUUUUCCUGACGGAGGCCAAGGCCAAUUUGACCGCCGAAGCCGCAGCAGGACUGCCGUCGAAGUGGACUGCGGAGGAGCUAGCGGCUCUAGAAAAGACGCUGCUUGACCACGAGUCGUGGCUCAACGAAUGGGUUGAGAAACAAAAGAGUGUCAAGUUCAACGAAGAUCCAGUGAUUGAGACCACGGAGAUGAAGGCGAGGGCAAAGGUCCUUGAGACCCACUUGCAGAAGCUAGUGAAGCGUAAAGUGCCCAAGCAGACGAAACCCAAGACUACUUCGAGUGCAACAACUUCGUCGACGAGUCCGACUCCAGAGCCAACGGCGGAAAGUAACACUUCUAGUGAAGGGACGACAACGACGCCCGCGGCACCACCAGAACAGGAGACAGUCCCACCAGUACAAGCGCACGAUGAACUGUAG